AUGUCCUCCACGAACUCGUCCGAUCCUCUCACGGGUCUUCGAUAUGCAGAUAUCGGCAUCAACCUCACUGACUCUAUCUUUCGCGGCAUCUACCAUGACAAACAAGCUCACGAGGAUGACUUGCAACAUAUCAUCCAGCGAGCACUAUCCGUCGGGGUGCGCAGAAUGAUGGUCACAGGUUCAGACCUUGCCGAAAGCAAGAACGCAGUCAAGCUAGCACAGGAAUAUCCUGGCCUCUGUUACGCAACCAUUGGAGUACACCCUUGCCAAGCCAGAUCAUUCGUCACCCAUCCGGACGGCCCAGACGCACUGCUCGCCGAACUUAGGAAGCUCGCCAUCGAGUCUCGAGACGCAGGAACAGCAACUGCCUUUGGAGAGAUAGGACUGGACUAUGACCGCCUUCACUUCUGCGACAAAGACACCCAACUCACCUACUUCGCCGCCCAGCUGGAUCUAGCCAUCGAACUGCAACUACCGCUAUUCCUGCACUCCCGCGCCGCAUCCGAAGACUUCAAGCGCUUACUCCGCGAGCGCCUAGACAAGCUGCCCAAACGCGGGAUCGUGCACUCCUUCACCGGCACCCUAUCCGAAAUGCAAGCGAUCAUCGACAUGGGCUUCGACGUCGGGAUCAACGGCUGCAGUAUGAAAACCGAGGAGAACGUGGAAGUGGUGAAGGCCGUGCCAUUGGAGCGGUUACAGAUCGAGACGGACGGGCCUUGGUGCGAUAUGAGACCCAGUCAUGCGAGUGCGAAGUUUCUUGCGAGUGCUCCGGAGAUGCCGAAGGCGGUUAAGAAGGAGAAGUGGCAGCCGGAGAUGAUGGUGAAGGGCCGGAAUGAGCCGUGUAUGAUUGUGUUGGUCGCGCAUGCGAUUGCUGGGAUUCAGGGGGUCAGUGUGGAGGAGGUUUGCGAGCAUGCAUGGCGGAACUCAAUACGAAUGUUUGGUUUAGGCGAGACUAGGUCGCUUGACUGA